GAAUUGGAGCGGCCAGUCAGCCAAUUAGGCCCCCCAAUACGCGAGAGGGCGGGACAGGGCCAGCACGCAUCAGAGAACGGUUUCCGGCCUCGCGCGCCCCCAUUUUUUCCUUCUUCCUUUUCCUCCCCCCCCCCCGCCUUCUCGUCGGCUCGCCUGAGGGAGCCGGCCCUCCGCCCCGGCCAAGCAUGCAGGGCAACAAGGGCUUCGCCAUGGAGAAGCAGAAUCACACUUCGCGGAAGCCGCCGCCGCCGCAGCAGCACCACCAGCCGCCGCCGCAGCAGCCCCCGCAGCAGCAGCAGGCCGCCCCCGCCAACGGGCAGCAGCUCAACAGCCAGAAUGAAGGCCUGACGAUUGACUUGAAGAAUUUCCGAAAACCUGGGGAAAAGACCUUCACCCAAAGGAGUCGCCUCUUUGUGGGAAACCUGCCACCUGAUAUCACCGAGGAGGAAAUGAGAAAGAUGUUUGAAAAAUAUGGGAAAGCCGGCGAAGUCUUCAUUCACAAGGACAAAGGCUUUGGCUUCAUCAGGCUGGAAACGCGGACCCUGGCUGAGAUUGCAAAGGUGGAGCUGGACAACAUGCCUCUGCGUGGGAAGCAGCUGCGUGUGCGCUUCGCUUGCCACAGCGCCUCACUGACUGUCAGGAACCUGCCACAGUUCGUGUCCAAUGAGCUCCUGGAAGAGGCCUUUUCCAUGUUUGGCCAAGUCGAGAGGGCUGUGGUCAUUGUGGACGACAGAGGCCGGCCUUCCGGAAAAGGCAUUGUGGAGUUCUCGGGAAAACCAGCUGCCAGAAAAGCUCUGGACAGAUGCAGCGAGGGGUCCUUCUUGCUGACUACGUUCCCUCGGCCUGUGACAGUGGAGCCCAUGGACCAGUAUGAUGAUGAGGAAGGACUGCCGGAAAAACUGGUCAUCAAAAACCAGCAAUACCACAAGGAGCGUGAGCAGCCUCCCCGCUUUGCACAGCCCGGCUCCUUCGAGUACGAGUAUGCCAUGCGCUGGAAGGCCUUAAUCGAAAUGGAGAAGCAGCAGCAAGAGCAAGUGGACCGCAACAUCAAGGAGGCCCGGGAGAAGCUGGAGAUGGAGAUGGAGGCGGCUCGUCACGAGCACCAGGUCAUGCUCAUGCGUCAAGAUUUGAUGAGGCGCCAGGAGGAGCUCAGGCGCAUGGAAGAGCUGCACAACCAGGAGGUGCAGAAGCGCAAACAGCUGGAACUCAGGCAAGAAGAGGAGCGCCGGCGCCGGGAGGAGGAGAUGAGGCGGCAACAGGAGGAGAUGAUGAGGCGGCAGCAGGAGGGGUUCAAGGGCGCCUUCCCCGACGCGAGAGAACCUCCCGAUAUGCGAAUGGGGCAGAUGGGAAUGGGAGGUGCAAUAGGAAUGAACAACAGGGGGGCCAUGGGGGGCACCAGUGUCCCUGCAGGACCCCCGCCUGCGACUGGCCCUGGACCAAUGAUCCCUGACGGAGCCAUGGGAAUGACCCCUCCACCACCACCCGAUCGCUUUGGACAGAGCGGGGCCAUGGAAGGCCUGGGCACCAUGGGAGGAAGCACACCGGGAUUCAACCGGGGGGCUCCUGGGGGAGAUUUUGGCCCUAACAAGCGUCGCCGGUAUUAAGAGGAGAGGGUCCAGGGCCUGGCUCUCCUCUCAAGAAGACCCCUAGCUCCUUCUUGAGCCCCAGGAGUUUGGCCAAGGCAAGAGGCCUCUGGUCCCGUUCCUAAACGGUGCAGCUGACACCAGGAGGGUUGCAUUCCUGCAAGCACGCAAUGUGAACCUGGAUCCCAGGAGGCUUUGGUAGCUGUGUAGUUUAUGGGCCGAGCUGGGACCCCUGGCCCUCUUCCUCCCUUCCCACCCCCAAGCCCCUUGCCACAGGCUGUCCCCGGAGGCCACCAGCUCUGCCCCAGGCCUCGAAAAGGCCCUUCCGAGCACUGGGGCAAGGCCUGCGGUCCUGUACGUGGCUCCUCCACAAACGGCAGAUCAUGUGGGGUGGGGGGGAGGGAAUAGUUUUUUUAAACUUGUAGCUUUUUAUUUUUUCCUCUGGACCAUUUUUUUCCUUUCCUGUAGUCUUCUGGGGCAGCCAAGAGGGCUCAAUAGUGGUGAUGGUGCUGGGAUGAAUUAUUCAGUGUUGUACCAUUCUUUCUUUUUUAUUGGUAGAAAAGUACAAUCUAUUGGACAUAGUAAAACACAAAAGAGUUUCCUGUU